CCUGAGUUAAUCAAGGUUAUUGGAUGCAAAAUGAACUGAGUUAUCACCUGGUUACUGAGGGUAAAUCUUCACAUACAGACAUGUCACUGUUGGGAUCGUACCCUUGCACAAACAUCUCGGCGCCUACUACUUUAAGCAUCACUUCAGCUACAUUCUGUUCAGUCCUCUCCGUUGUAGCUGUAGUAGGAAAUGUCCUUGUGUUUCUGGCAGUAAUUAUUGAUCCGAAUCGCAAUCUACGAUCGCCUUUCAAUUUGCUUGUCGCUAACCUGGCGACAGCCGAUUUAAUAGUGGGUUGUUUUGCGUUACCAAUGUCGGUGGAGUUCUACAUUCGGGAGGCUUCUACAAAACAACUUAUACUUCUUCCUCGAGAUGACGCAAGACGUGUAGGAAGUUUCAUCUCGUGUACGGCAUCCCUUUUUAGUUUAGCUGCAAUGAGUUUGGACAGAUUCUUUGCCAUUACUAAUCCGAUGGAAUACAGAGCCUACAGAGCUAAAUUGAAUUCUCGGCGAGCCACAGUCAUUUCCAUAGUCAUUUUGCUUUCAAUAUGGAUUAUCUCCAUUGGGUUGCCCUUUCUGUAUUUUAGUGUCGGCUAUCUAAAAUACCAAUUUUUCUUCGCCAUCACAGCUGUCGUGUCAACAUUUGUGGUACUUUGUCUGACGAAUGUGAAAGUUUUCAAAAGUCUUAGAAAUCAAGUCAGGACUUGGGACAGUUUACAUCAAGGCCCAGCGAGUUAUAACCACAUCAAGAAGAGAAAGAUCAAAUGGGAGAAGAAAGUAACUAAGACAUUUCUGAUCAUGUUGACCCUUUUUAUUUCCUGUUUUCUUCCUUCGUUGAUUCUUAUCCUGAUCAUAAGCUUUUGUGCAAGCUGUAACUGUGAUUUUAUUCACUGGGCGAGAGAUUUGAACUACAUCCUAAUCAUGGCUAAUUCCAGCAUGAAUCCGUUUGUCUUUGCCUGGAGACUUCGGCCCUACAGAGACGCGUUUCUUAAGAUACUAACAUGCGGGGUUAUCGUCCGAAAACAGCGAUCAGUCUCUGAACAAAUCAACAUUUCCAUGAAUUCAUCAAAUCCAUCUUCUUCUUAAGAAGGCGGUCAUAUUACAUUCAUUAUAUUGGCAUUAAAUUGCGCUCAAAUCUGUUCGAUUCACUGUUCCUAGCAACCUUAAUUGCAGUGGCAGGUUUUGUAAUUAAAUCUAGCUAUAAUUAACAUUUUGUAAAACGAAAUGCACUACUCGAGUGAUUUAAGGCAUGGCUCCUCGCUUCAUUUUGGGCUUUUAUCAUUUUUUCUUGUUUUGUCUGCCAGCUCUUUUCAUUUUUACUUAAACAUAUGUGCUUAACAUUGGAACCAUUUUUGGACCCCACACUGAGCCUCUUAAGGUCACGUGACCAGCCACGCCCAUAAUUAUGCAAAAUUUAGUAUUUCUAGAUUACACCAUGAAAAUGACUGUUGAAGCUCCCGUUUAUACUUCCAUAGUGUUAAGUUUAAAGGCACAUAAGUUAAAUUAAACGGGGAAUUGCAAAAUAUUUUAUUCCUAUGCAAUUAUCAAAAUGUUUUCUCCUCGGCCCAGUCCCACUCUCAACUGGAAACGUUAUAGUUCACGCAAAACAAAUAAUUUUGAAAAAAGCCCGAUUAAUUCCAUAAACCUUGUGUUCAUAGUCAUUGAAAGAAAGCAAAAUAAAUCACAGCUAGAAUUUGCAAAAUGUCGUAAAAUUGGACCAAACUAAAUGGCAAAAAAAUGGGCGUGACAAGUCACGUGACUAAGAUACCUCAUUAGUGACAACGGAUAAAAAUAUUUUUUAAGAAGUAUUUACCGCAUGCAAAGUUUCAAGUCGAAAAGUUAAAUCCCCUUUAAACUAGACCACCCCCUUACAAAUUUCACGAGACCCAUUCCUUAAUUCACCCGAGUUAUAGCUACAGCCUCUCUCCCUUAUCUCCAAGUUGAUAUUUGAGAAUAAGAGUUAAGUAGCAGUAAUUAGAGAUAAAUAUAAUACAUUCGAAGGAUGCAGAAAGUUUACGGAGGGGGUUAGUUUAGAAGAGUGGUCUGUAAAGCGGAAGGUCUUGGGUUUCAUCGCCGGUCCGUGGCAUUACCAAUACCCCGCGCCUUAAAAUAACUGAGAAAUGAAGGUAAUAAAGCCCCCUGGCUUUGACUUGCAAAUGACUAGAUCUAGGUAUUUCAAACCAACGGAGCGUCGGAACUGGAUACGAGAUUCAAUAUCGUCUCCAGUAAAAGACGCAAAAAUAGUGUCCUCACGUGCUAAAUUUAAAAUGCAUUAACAGACACUCGUGAAUGAAAGUAUAAUUUUUGCGAUAUUGCAUGUUAUGAUGCUCUGAUGUCAGUAUUGUUAUGUUUUUGAGGUAUGCAAUGCUGUUGUCGCUGAUUUCUGCUCGAUAUUUGUUGAAAAAAUGUUCCAGCAUUUUGGCAAACGGCCUUUUUGAAAAAAAAGGCUAAUGUACCUUUAGAGUUACAUAAAGGAAUGUCAAAGAUCAUUAUCACCGUUAAAAUUAACUUCGGAUCAGUUUGGUAAAGCUUGUUGUAUCUAGAAUUUCCGUCAUUUCUAGGAAAAAGGGGGAUCACUUUUGAAGUCGCUUCUUUCACUUGGGCGUUGUUUUGUUACUGAUUUCUAUUCGAUAUCUGUCCCAAAUUAGACCUGGUCAGAGAAGCUGGUAUUUUGCUAAAACGAGGAACAGGGAACGUGGAACGAGGAAUGAGGAACGGGGAAAGGGAAACAAAUUGGAACAAAACCUAGUAACUUAACCCGUUGCCCUAUCAGUAACUUCAUUAGUCAUGCCGGCUUUGUUUUCUCCCCAUUUUCAUUUUCCAGUUUCCCGUUUUAGUUAAAUCCAAAAAAUCCGAGUGCCAUAAAUCGAGGCUACCACGAGGCAAAUGUUAACACACCAUAGGAGGCAUUAAAUUCAAAAAACAAUCACAUAAGUGUUACUUCAUUUAUAUUUAAAGCUUUUAAACGCACCACAGUAAUCAACCAAUGAAAACCUGCAGCGUCAGAAACAAUGUUAAGAGCCCAUGACCGUAAAUAUCGAGAAUCGCUCGUCUUGCCAGGCUAAAAAAUUGAAAAUUCUGAUAAUCUGUUAGAAAAACCUCUUUGGGGAACUAUCUUCGAAAAAAAUAUUUUUAACUUUUGAGAAUCUAUAGUUUUCGAGAAAAUAAGGAAAAAUGAAGAUAGCUGUUUUUACCUAAUUAAUUAUGCAAAAAGUAGAGUAAAAAUGAUCGAAUUUAUCGCGAUCGCGUCUGUACCGAAGCAAGAUUCAAAGCUAUAAAACAGAAAUAUUUUUGUUUUAAAGCAUUCUAUCUUUUCUUUCUUUCCAUGGUUCGUUUUAAACCAUAGACGAGAUUUUGAAUUUUUUACGGUUUUUUAAAAACUACCACCAAGCGCACUUUUUAAAAUGGGUCAAAAAUGACAACUUCAGAGGCAAAAAACUCACCUUGGUAUUGCGUGAUAUCUAGCCAAAGUGUAUACUAGGACAAAGUUGAGCUCUUAUAUUAACAGAAUAUGAAAUCAAAAAUCUGGGAACUCCAGAUUCGCGUUUGCAAAAUAAAAAGUUUCGUGACCACCAGUGGCAAAAUGUCACAAAUUUGAAUAAGUCAAAUUUGUAGAGAAAUGAUGCCGUCUGACUUCUCUUUGUAGUUUCGGUACGUGGUUUAUUCGAAACAUAGUAGAAGGAUGAAAGCUCCUUUUAAUAAAGCUAAAAUUAAGUAAAGGAUCUGAAAAAUCGAUAUCCCCGAUAACAAACUAGGAAUUAUUUUGUUUGAAUAAUAAAGCAAUUAAUGAAUUCGGCUUUCGUAGGAUAUAAAGAAUUAAGCAGAUCUCGGAGGGUGUUAUCCACCUUCCAUCCGCCUUUGGCCUCGCUGACAAAAAUGGUUCAGCGAUCGCAGUGAUUGAGGGUUUUCAUAUGAUCGCUGCGAUCGCUGAAUGAAGACCGAGGGAACCUGGGUCCAACAAUAUAGCUCGCGCCAUUCCUCAAAUUCAGCAUGGCGGCUGUGAAUCGUCGACUCCUACUAGUUUUGAGGCGUGUUUUCUUGUAAUUAUGGGUGUUUUUUGACCUAGAAGACGACAGGAAAGACGGAGAACUCAUUGGGCGCUUUCCAUUUACGAAAAAAAACCGGAAAUUUCGGUGGCAGCAAAAGUGGAAUUUCCGAUAGGUAAAAAGUUGUUCCAUUUGGUCGUAAACCUCGGUACGUGGCCGGGUGCCCGACCGUGGACCUGGAACUGGUACAAACUACAAGAAACGUCAAUGGAACACGACAUUCCGUUCGGAAAUUCCAACCGGGAAAACGGGACCACCUUUUUCGAUUUUCCACUUUUUCUGGGAAUUUUCCAGUGAGACGAACCGACGAAACGUGUUCCAUUUACCGCCGAACCGGAAAUUUUGGAAAUUUUGACUAAAUGGAAAGCGCCCAUUUUCAGGACUUAAAUCGUUCCAGCAGUCGAGGGUCACACAAUGUAACAACAUAGGCCUACAUGUGAAGUAAAAAUAUUCUUGUAUAUGAAUCUAUCUCAUGAGCUCAUAAAACACGUUAAUUGCUGUCUUUGCCAUUUUACGGCCGAAGAUAUCAAUGAUACGAUCCAUGUCAUUGUUGACUUCAGACUUCCCACAUACGUUUCAAUGUUAAUUAGUGCGAUGUUACUGACACGUUGUUGCCCCAUGGUGCUGCGAAGGUACAUGUAAGUUUUCAUGCAACGCACUGAAUGAUCGUUCUGCAGAACACAAUGCAAUGUAGAAGGUAUCAUUCCAAAGAUAUGUACCACAUAAGAAAACACUGAAAACAUAUCAAAUAGAUCAAUCUUGUGCGAUGAUUGUCUCCGGCAUUUCUGGAACAGUCAUGUAGCCUAAUCCGCGCACACGAUGAAAACUCACGUACAUGUUCUGCUAGGCGUAACCGUCGAUUUUGUAAAAUUUAGCAACGCGGGAGAAGCUCUCUUUAUCAGGUGUUUCACUGUGAAAGAUGUUUCCUAAAGCACAGAGUAUUUACUGAUCAUUUGCACUAAACCUGAGCUCAAUCGCGGACAGCACCUUGUCCAUGGUUAACCUGCACCACAGACGAAACUCAACUCUGGUUAACUCCGUCUGCGAAACAGCCCUGGGCCUCCACUUGUGUACCAGGAUUUGAGUACGGGCCAUGAUUGGUCUUUUGAAAAAGCCAUUGUCGAUUUGCCAAUCAAGACGAAAGGAAAUUUGAAACGCACUUCCGGUAAUUCUGUGAGUCCUUGGGGGCCAGCACAAAGAUAUCGGCGAUAUCGGCUUCGCAGACCUUAUAGUCUGCUACACGGCCGUUUUCAGUGUCGUCACGCAACGCUAGUGGGGAGGAGCGUUGCGUGACGACACUAAAAACGGCUGUGUAGCAGACUACAGACCUUACUACAGACCGAGGUUAAAUUACGUCUGUGAAGCAGGCUAUAGGGUGGUGCGGAUUCCGGUGUUAGCUGCGUUUGUCUUUGCGAUGGCCAUUGUCUGAGUGCGCUGGCUUUUCGUAAUUUAAACAGCGAGAAUUGGUCAGUCACUUCUUCAUUUUCAGACCCAUUGCUGAUGCUAUCUGCCAUACGCUGUUGAAUUUUUCUUCACACUACUGUCUCGUGCGAAUUUAACUGGAUUUACCACGCCAAAUUUUGGGCUGCUGCAACCCCCCUCGACCCCCCCCCCCCGGCCCGUACACCUAUGGUGAGUUAUGUAUCGGUCAAAUCGAAGCUUCAACAUGCCCCCCCCCGGGCAUACCCCGGGCAUUUGACACCUUUGCCGUCCCGGGGAGGAGGGAAUUUGAUUAUCAGAGUCUUCCAGGGGGUGGGGAAUUUGAUCCCCAUGCUUUAGGGGUGGGGAAUUUGAACUGAACCCUCGAUUUCAUGUAAAAUCUUUGGCGUGGCGAGCUAUCAUGGGGGACGCGGUGUUAUAGGAUUUUUGAUGAAAAGAUCGUGCCUUUGUGGCCAAUUGGUUUCGAGGAAAGGGCUUAAACAAGCUUUGUGCUGUAUUUGAAGUAUUUAAAUUUUAAAAUUUUUAAUACUGGAUUCAGGCUUUGAAUGUAUGAAUGUAUUUUAUUGUUGUGUUUUAUACAAUGAAAUACAAUACCUAUACCGGCGAUUCAAUACAACAACAUAAAAUAAAAUAAAAUAAAAAGCUCAGGUCAACUACUUUGACCUACUGCAAGUAUGUUAGUUAAUAAGGUUAGCGAUGAUGCAUAUCAGUGAAAUGGUCAUGAUGUAGUAAUCUCAAUAGAUGGGGUCUUUUUUUAUAGAACGCUUUGAGCAUUCAGUGAGCUUGUAGCAGCGAUUUCCGCCGCUUUGCACGACACUUUUGUUCUUAGUAAAUACGCUAACAGUGUUUCUCAGUUUUGUUAUAUUUAUAAAGAUUUUGUUCGACAACUGAAGGCGUUUCUGCCGUCCCUCUGACAGUUUUGUGCCUGUAAAACGUCCCCGGGGUGGGUGCAUUUGAUCACCUAGAUGGACCAUAGUGUGGGGCAUUUGAACGGCAUUUUGACCCGGGUAGGGGGGAAUUUGAACAAUAAUUUUCAAAAAAGUCAAAUGCCCGGGGGGUUGCCCGGGGGGGGGGGGCAUGUUGAAGCUUCGAUUUGACCGAUACAUUAACGCCUAGUCAUGGCUUGUUGAGCGGGACUGAAACUGCAGCCUCCCACUCGGGUCUCUAAAAACAAAUCGCCAAAGACGAAAUUAAUUUUAGAUCAAGGAUAAGAAAAGCAAUUCUUUUCUUGAACGGCGGAAUUGGUGUUUUAAAAAAAAAUUGAAUACAUGACAAAAAAAAAUAAAUGAAAAUUUAAAAUGGGACGUUUCAUUUCGAAUUAGCUGACAUGACCGGCUGGCAAUAAUGCAAAUGAGGGAGGCUGAAAUAUGCUUCAUUCAUUCAGCUCCUUCAAUAGACGCAAGUUUUUUACGACGCUAAUUUCCAGGGUAUCGAGAUCAUUUUAAAAGUUCAAUAUAUUUAGUGAGGCAAAACUGUAAUUAGGCAACAGACUGUCAAAUACCCCCCUCUUAUACAAACCUACGUACAGGAAAUUCGCGAUAAUUAAGCGUUGUGAAAUACGUAUUCUUAAAAAUCACAAAUUUAAAGAAUCAUGAAGAAUUCAUAGUAUUUAUACGAAGAGGCCACUUCAUGAUAGACUUCGAGAAGUCCUUUAUUAUUCUUGGGAAAGCCGGAAUGAGUCCAAAACGCGAUUUUCACUUUUUAUUAGCCUGCGUACAGCCGCCCCCUCGGCUGUACACAGGCUACUUUACAUAUCCUAUCGGCUUUUUUAACGCAAUGCUGUUUUUAAAUCAACACAUACUGGAAAGUGAAACACCUAUCUUGAAAGACAAAGGUGACUGUAUGGAGUUAAGUUGGUUUUGCGUUCUGAGAAUUUACUUAUCUUAGCUAAUUUUCAAUUUCCCGUGCGAUGUCUAAUAGCGCAAUAUAUAUUUCUCAUAGCUCAAACUGAUUUUCCAAUUAUAGCUUUUUAUUCUCCAGUUCCUUGACUGUCGCUCAUUUGCUCCAAGAUAAUAGGGUGGUCCAGUCCAAUACAGUAUUUUCAAUUUAUCAAAAGUUGUCAGGUUGGUACGUGAACUUAUCCAAUAUAAAAGUGUCUGUCAUUCUGUUCCUUGUCUUACUUACAAGUUUUAUUCCUUUUGCGCUGAAAUGACGAGCUUGUCAUUUUAUAUACCGUAAGAUCAUCUCCGCGGCCCACCUGAGUUAAUCAUGGUUAUUGAAUACAAAAUGAACUGAGUUAUCACCUGGUCACGGAGCGCAAAUCUUCGCAUUCAGACAUGUCACUGUUGGGAUCGUACCCUUGCUCAAAUGUCUCGGCACCCACUAGUUUAAGCAUCACUUCAGCUACAUUCUGUUCAGUCCUCUCAGUUGUAGCUGUAGUAGGAAAUAUCCUUGUUUUUCUGGCAGUAAUUAUUGAUCCAAAUCGCAAUCUACGAUCGCCUUUCAAUUUUCUAGUCGCUAACCUGGCGACAGCCGAUUUAAUAGUGGGUUGUUUUGCGUUACCAAUGUCGGCGGAGUUCUACAUUCGCGAGGCUUCUACAAAACAAGUUACACUUCUUCCUCGAGAUGACGCAAGACGUGUAGGAAGUUUCAUCUCGUGUACGGCAUCCCUUUUUAGUUUAGCUGCAAUGAGUUUGGACAGAUUCUUUGCCAUUACUAAUCCUAUGGAAUACAGAGUCUACAGAGCUAAAUUGAAUUCUCGGCGAGCUACAGUCAUUUCCACAGUCAUUUUGCUUUCAAUAUGGAUUAUCUCCAUUGGGUUGCCCUUUCUGUAUUUUAGUGUUGGCUAUCUAAAAUACCAAUUUUUCUUCGCCAUCACAGCUGUCGUGUCAACAUUUGUGGUACUUUGUCUGACGUAUGUGAAAGUUUUCAAAAGUCUUAGAAAUCAAGUCAGGACUUGGGACAGUUUACAUCAAGGCCCAGCGAGUUAUAACCACAUCAAGAAGAGAAAGAUCAAAUGGGAGAAGAAAGUAACUAAGACAUUUCUGAUCAUGUUGACCCUUUUUAUUUCCUGUUUUCUUCCUUCGUUGAUCCUUAUCCUGAUCAUAAGCUUUUGUGCAAGCUGUAACUGUGAUUUUAUUCACUGGGCCAGAGAUUUGAACUACAUCCUAAUCAUGGCUAAUUCCAGUAUGAAUCCGUUUGUCUUUGCCUGGACACUUCGGCCCUACAGAGACGCGUUUCUUAAGAUACUGA